CAGAGAUACCCGUUUCCUGUAAAGGGAGGAGGGGUGAGGGGGAAGCUGGCUUUGAAUUUCCCUGAAGCUGCAAAGAGAGGAAGAGGAGGAAGAAAAAGGAGAAGAAAGCCUGGAAUAGGGAGGUGCAUGGAGAGGGGAGCAGGGAAGGGUGCAAAGAUGCUUCUCCCCAAAGCGGCGGGGCUGCGGGGUGGGGGGCUAAGGUUGGAAAGCAGCAGAGAAUGGGAAGACCCCCCAUUUAGGGUUACCAGCAGUCCCUUAUUAGCAGGGACGCCCCUUAUUAAUUCAGCCCUUGAUUGAAAUAAGGGAUUUGUCAGCAAUUUUGGGAUGCCAUUUGUCCCUUAUUUUCAGCUAUUGGGAAGAACCUAUCGAUGGCUUAGAUCAAAGAAGUUAUUUUCAUUAAUAAUGAAAGGCUGUAAUUCAUGAGCGCCAACUCCUUUCCCUUCUUGCUGCCUAGUCCCUACCCGAGAUAGAACGCUUCUGUUCUGGUGGGCUGCAGGCCUAGGGUUGCCAACAGUCCCAUACUGGGGACAUUAACAGCCAUCGGUGAUUGGUUAACUUGGUAUUAUCCAGGUAUCGGGGAUCAUGGAAAUCAGGCAGGAGAUGACUACUACGUAAUGUGUGGAACCGCUUUUCACUGGCUAAUAAUGCUUCUCUUUCUAGAAAACAAAAUUACUUCUCAGCCAGUUGGGUCUACCAUGGUUAUAUCGAUCAGCAGAGAAGAAGCUAUUUAAGUUGUAGAUUGCUUUCAGCAUAGACCCUGAAGUCCAAGUUGAAAGUGGUAAAAACACAUACAGCACUCAGGCUCCCAAUUACUCCCAAUACUGCUCUCCUCGUGUCCCUUAUUUGGGUAGUGGGAUUGGCAACCCUAACCCUAUUAAAUCUUUCCAUUUACACACAUCACCACCACCAUGGUCUUUCCUACUCAGUUCAUUCCAGAAGGAAAAGCUUUAUACCUCUCCUUCUUUCUUUCUUCAAAGGGAUGUGGGCAAUGUGGUGUAGUGGUUAGAGUGCUGGACUAGGACUGGGGAGACCAGAGUUCAAAUCCCCAUUCAGCCAUGAUACUAGCUGGGUGACUCUGGGCCAGUCACUUCUCUCUCAGCCUAACCUACUUCACAGGGUUGUUGUGAGGAGAAACCUAAGUAUGUAGUACACCGCUCUGGGCUCCUUGGAGAAAGAGCAGGAUGUAAAAAAUCAAAAAACCAAUACAAUAAUUCGGGGAGCGGGGCAGUAAGCUUUGUCACCCAGAUGCCCUCUGGAUCCCUUACAAUCUGAGAGAAUAUGUGUGUAUACUCUCCCCACUUUUUGCAUUCCUGUGGAGGUUAAGUGUAACCUGCUUCCCACACUGAGUCAUAGGGCAAAUGCUGACCCUAGUGGACUUUAGUGAGCAGAGGGUGUUGGUUUUCUUAUCUGCACUGAUAAUUUAAGAUGAUGGGAGUUGUAAUCCAACAUUUGGGGACCUAUGGCUGGGAACUCCUGCUAUAAUACAUGACUGCUUUUGGGGGGCGGGGUCAGGCCUCCCCCUUUUUAGAAAGUGAAAGUGUGCGUUUAUAAAAGAAAAAGGUAACAACGCCCUUGAUUUAAAUUUACCAUACUUUGCAUUUUUUUUACCACACACCAACAUUUCCAGAAAAGAUUUGUGCCAGUGGAUGACUCUUUAUCUCUGUUAAUUCUCUCUCACUCUCCCCCAGGCAUCUCAGGACAUGUGAGUAGGACACCUCAAGCUCACUGUACUUUUUUCUAGAGUUUUCUCACAGCGUGUGGCCACCUUUGUGAGUUUGUCCAAGGAUGAAAAUGGAAGAGCAAAGUUCCACAGGCCGGACACAAGGCGAGGUUUUGCAGGGGACAGGAAGAGACCUCCAUGUCCUUCAAGAUGCUACAGGUCAUAAACCCAGGAUGGACUUGGAGGGAGGGAGAGAACCCCCUAAAUCAGUGCAGCCUGGAAGCAAUGGGGGAUCCUUCAGAAAGACAAUGCCACAUCAGGUGAAAGAGGAAUCAGAAGAAGGUUUGGCCUAUUGCUGGGAGGCCCAGUGGCAGGAGUUCCUAAGGACAGUGGAGUCUCCUCACUCCUCUUCACAGCUGCCAGAGGAGCCCUCACCAUGGGAUGAGGCAAAGGCCUUCCUGGCCUCCUUUGAGCAAGUGGCCGAAGCCUGCCGGUGGCCCAAGGAAGAGUGGGUGGCCCGACUCCUGCCAGCCCUGAGUGGAGAAGCUGAGCGGGCCUUUGACAGGAUGGAAGCCAGAGACCGGGUGGACUAUGGGAAGGUGAAGGCAGCCAUCUUGCGAGUGGACACCAUCAGUAGGGAGACGCUGCGUCAACAUUUCCGACGUUUCUGCUACCAGGAGGCUGAGGGGCCCAGAGGGGCUCACAGCCGAUUGCAAGAACUUUGCCAUGGGUGGCUGAAGGUCGAGAGACACUCCAAGGAGCAGAUCCUGGAGCUGCUGAUCCUGGAGCAAUUCCUGGCCAUUCUGCCCCCGGAGAUCCAGAGCUGGGUGAGGGAACAUGGCCCAGAGACCUGUUCCCAGGCAGUGGCCUUGGCGGAGGAGUUCCUGCUGACACAGCGAGCGGCUGAAGACAAUCAUGAAAACCAGGUGGCAUUUGAGGAGUCGUCUGCAAGUUUCUCCGAGGCUGGCCAGGUCCCAUCUGAUGCUGAGCAGAGGCGGCUGUGCAUAGAAACCAAGCAGGAAGAUGAUGAGGAAGAGGCUAUCGUAGUGGCAGGUGAUGGGUGGGAAAGUGAGAAUGAGGAGGAGCUACCUGGGAUAUCAUCCGAAGCAGGCAAGCAUGAGGCGCUGAAAGAGAACUUCUGGAAUCAAGAGGGAUCAAAUAGGCAAGAGGGAAGCCACAUGGAGAAGGGAAGGGAUCAGCCUGUCCCGAGUCCGGGUGGGGACUUCCAUGAAAUCACAGUCGAAGAACAUCCGGCAGGAAAGAGAAGGAACAAGUGCCUCAAUACACACUGGAGAAUCCACACAGGGGGGAAAUCAAACAAAAGCUUAAAGUUUGGAAAGACCUUCAAUCAAUACCAAAAUCUUUCGGAAUGCAAAAUGCUUGAGUCUGGGAUGAAACCAUAUAAAUGCUUGGAAUGUGGAAAGAGCUUCAGUCAGAGUACACACCUUACUUCGCACCAGAGAAUCCACACAGGAGAGAGACCCUACAGCUGUGCAAACUGUAGCAAGAGCUUCAAUCAGAGCACUAGCCUUAUACAACAUCAAAGAAUCCACACAGGCGAGAAACCUUACACAUGCUCAGUGUGCGGUAAGAGUUUCCGUCAUAGCACAAGCCUUACGUCGCAUCAGAGAAUCCACACGGGGGAGAAACCUUAUAAAUGCUCAGACUGUGGAAAGGGCUUUUGUAAUCAAUCAGGCCUUAUUAACCAUAAGACAAUUCACACAGGGGAGAGGCCAUAUAAAUGCCUGGAGUGUGGAAAAAGCUUCAGUCAGAGCACACACCUGACUUCACAUCAAAGAAUUCACACAGGGGAGAGACCAUACAAAUGUUCAGACUGUAACAAGACCUUUUGCGAUCAAUCAGGUCUUGUUAAACACCAGAGAAUCCACACAGGGCAGAAACCAUACAAGUGUUUGGCGUGCGGAAAGAGUUUCAGUCAGAGCACAAACCUCAUUAGACAUCAAAGAAUUCACACAGCAGGGGAAACACCCAUGUUAGCUUCUCCAUAUGCUGGAAGAGCCCAGACUUGGAAGAAGGGUGUCUGCUGCAAGACAGCAAACAUGGCUCUGGAGCAGGAGACCAAGUCAGGUUUUAGCCUCGGAUUCCCCGUGGUGCUGGAGCAACGGAUGGCGUCAGGGUUCAAAGUGGAGCACCAAGAUGCAGCAGGCCUCGAUGGAGGGGGCAAGUCAGGAGCAACAGGAGGAAGUGCCCCUCUGGCCACCGCCCAGGGUGGGAGUAUCAGGGACAUUCCACAAAGGCCAUCAAGAGAACAAGUUAAAAAAGAACCAGCUGAAGGUUCACUUCAGCAGUGGGAAGUCCAAUGGCAGGAGUUCCUGAAGGGGGUGGAGGCCCAUCAGCCAGAGGAGCCAAGGCCCUGGGAGGAUGCGAAGGCCUUCCUGGCCUCCUUCGAACAAGUGGCCGAAGCCUGCCACUGGCCCAGGGAAGAGUGGGUGGCCCGACUCCUGCCGGCCCUCAGCGGAGAAGCCGAGCAGGCCUUUAGCAGCCUGGAGGCCGGAGACAGAGAGGAUUAUGGGAAAGUGAAGGCCAUCAUCUUGCGAUGGGAUGCCCUGGCCAGGGAGAGGUGGCGGCAGCACUUCAGGCACUUCCGCUACCAGGAGGCCGAGGGGCCCAGAGGGGUUUACGGCCGACUCCAGGAACUUUGCUCUCAGUGGCUGAAAGUCGAGAGACACUCCAAGGAGCAGAUUCUGGAGCUGCUGAUCCUGGAGCAGUUCCUGACCGUCCUGCCCCCGGAGAUCCAGAACUGGGUGAGGGAACACGGCCCUGAGACCUGCUCCCAGGCGGUGGCCCUGGCGGAGGAGUUCCUGCAGCUGCAACAACAGACUCCUAAGAGACCGGAGCAGCAGUUGCUAACUCCGGUGGUGAUACCCAUUUCCGAAGCAGAGCAGGCUUCAUUUGACACAAAGAGCAAGCUGUGUGGAGAGGCCAAAUGGGAGAAUACUGAUGGAAAAAUGAAUUCUCAUGGUGAGCUACCGGCAGGUGACGUGUGGGAGAAUGAAGAGGAAACGGGUGAGGUCUCGUCAGAAACUGCAAAGCGUCAGGAGCUGGAAGAGAGGUCUGGGAAUCCAGGGGAACCCAAGAGGCCAGAGGGCAGCUUCCAGAAAGAGAAACUGAGGAAAAAACCCAUUGGUGAGCAGGCUGCUAACUUCCAAGAAAUCCAAGCCCAGCAAAAAACAACCAGAGGCAAAAAAUGGAUUAAGUGCCCAGUGUGUGGGAAACUCUUCUGUCGUCAAACUAGUUUUUAUGCACAUUGGAGAGUCCACACACGGGAAAAAGCCAAUAAGAAUUUGAACUUUGGGAAAAGCUUUGGUUGGACCAUAAACCUGACAUCGCAUCAAAGGAUUCACCCAGGGGAGAAACCGUAUCAAUGCCCGGGCUGUGAAAAGAGCUUUUCUGAUCUACCAAGGCUUAAAAGACAUCAGAGGACUCACACGGGAGAGAAACCCUACAAAUGCUCACACUGCGGAAAGAGCUUCAGUCAGAGGCACCACUGCGCUUCACACGAGAGAAUCCACACAGGAGAGAAGCCAUAUAACUGCUCGGACUGCAGCAAGAGCUUUUGUACUAAAUCAAGCCUUAAUGCUCAUCGGAGAAUCCACACAGGGGAGAAGCCACAUAAAUGCCCUGAGUGUGGAAAGAGCUUCAGCAAGAGCACCAACCUUACUUCACAUAAAAGACUCCACACAGGAGAGAAACCCUAUAAAUGCUUGGUGUGUGGAAGGAGCUUCAGCCGGAGCGAACACCUUACCUCACAUCAAAGGAUCCACACUGGGGAGAAACCGUAUAUCUGCUCCUACUGUAGCAAGAACUUCUGUAGUAAAUCCAGCCUCAAAGCACAUCAGAGAAUACACACAGGAGAGAAACCCUAUAAAUGCCUGGAGUGUGGCAAGAGCUUCAGGUGGAGCACAUACCUGGCUUCCCAUCAAGAAAUCCACAAAGAGGAGAAAGCAUAUAAAUGCUCAGAGUGUGGGAAGAGUGAGCAUGUUACUUUACAUCAUGGAAUCCAUACAGAGUAAAAGCCAUAAAAAUGCUUUCUGUGGAAUUAAAGCCUUAUUAACUCUUAGAGAAUUCAUGCAGAGGAGAAUCCAAAUGGUUGCUCAGAAAAUGGCAAAAAUAUCCAGUCAACCUCGGCUGCGUAUCGGCACAAUUAGAGGACACUAAGGAUGUUUUGUG